GGAUUCAUCGAAAUUGAACUUCGCACCUGUCUACGCUUCUCGUACAGGAGGAGACUGUCGAGCUUCGUAUUAAAAUAACAUUCCCUUAUUCCCAGCAGAUAACACAACAGAUAAAUCCGCGCCGCGGAUGCGAAGAUCCACCGUGGCUACCAGCGUUAAGAAACAACAAAUCAACCAUGGCAUCGUCGUCCUGGCCAUGCGCCACCUAGCCGCUAAAGCAUUCACCUUACUCUUCCUCUCCAACCUAAAAGCUUAUUUUAUGCCACCUUCGUGCAUAUCCUUCUCGCGCGAGGAUAAGAACGGAGACGAUGACCAGCGUACGCUGCGGCGCCCUACAUCAUUAAGAAGCAUACGCUGCAGUGUCUGCACGCAAAAGAAACAACCAUGGGUUCUCUAAUGGCAGGAUGGAGUUCUCCGUUUCAGGAUCCUAACCAUGUCAAGGUUCAGAGGAACAGAUCACUCACCAGAGGAGAGAUCGAUGCAUUCUGGAAAGAAAAGAAGUCCAAGGAAGAAUAUGUGGGCGCAGUCAACGGUCUUGUGGAUAGUAAUCAGGAGAACAUAAACAUAGGGUCCAGCGAAAUGCUACAACCAUCAGGGGAUCUGCCACUGCGUGAUAGGAAGCAGAGCAUUCUGAACAGUAGCUCCAAAUCCGACGCUGACAUCCUUAAGACAAAUUGCUGGUGGACAAGGAGCAGUUAUGCGUUUCUAAAUGCAAUUCCUGUAACGUCCAUGGAAGGUCCUUCUUACAAAUAUGCGUCACAGUACCCUGCGUCAGACUUAUGCUUAGCAAACCGUGCAGCCUAUAAAUAUUAUUAGACAACUACUUUGUAGGUCACUAACGAGGUGGUGGGUGUGGUGUGUGUUUGGAUGAUACAAUGAACAUGAAAAGUGUACUGCUUGUAGAUAUAACUCCUCUGGUAGUGUAGAAAAGAACGGCAUGUAUGAUUUUGCGGUAGAACUUUUGGAUUACUGUACAUAUGUCCCUGUACGAAAGCUGC